AGGUCUUCAGCUGGUGAUCUCAGAUGAGAAUGCAGGCGGGAUAGCAGCUCCGCAGCCUGUUACUGGGCAACAAAUCCAACUCAGCCUCACAAGCAAGAAUUUAGCUGUUGUAAAAGGUGAUUCAUCUGCACACAGGAUCCACUGCCUGCUCUCCCAGCGCAGCUUGCUUAGCUAUUCAUGAAGAAAUUUCUGAUCGUCUUGGCUGUGUGUUCAGUGGUCGGCAUUGCGACUACAGAGAGGUCAUCAUGUCUGAAACGUGCAGCAUUUUCUUCUACAAACUUUGAGAACAUCCUGACAUGGGAAACUGAAGCAGAUAUUCCCCCUGGCACCGUAUUUGAUGUCCAGUAUAAGCAGUAUGGAGAGAAAGCCUGGCUUAACAAGCGUGAGUGCCAGAACAUCACACAGCCUUUCUGCAAUCUCACUCAUGAAACAGAAAACUUCACCGAGCACUACUACGCCAGGGUGAGGGCCACUGGCCAGAACUACUGCUCCUCCAACUGGGUGCGCUCAGAAAGAUUUGAACCCAGAAAAGAGACUGUUAUUGGAGCACCAGAAUUAGAGUAUAUUCCUUAUGUACGGUCCAUAAAGUUUCUUAUACGGCCCCCCUAUACUCCGCUGAGAGGUGAGGAUGGCCACCAGCUAACCAUAGAGGACAUUUAUAGCAAAUUUGGUUCUGUUGAUUAUCACUUAACACUAUUCAACCAACGGACACACCAAAAGUGGAUAAAGAAUGAGCACAACAAAGAAUUUGAAGUUAUCAACUUGGACCCAGACACUGAAUAUAAUGGAACAGUGUACAUACACCUCCGUGAGAGAAGCAGCAAAUCCCAAGUAUUUUGGGUGAAAACUCUAGCAGACACCACAUGGCUUCUCUACUGCUUUGUUGCACUCGGAUUCUGUGCCGGGCUGGUGUUUGCUGCAAUUAGCUACGUGAUCUAUAAAUACGUCAAGCAGCACAGUGCGCAGCCUAUGUCUUUGGACUUCAGAGGGAUUUCAUCAUUCCAGCCUCUCACACUGACAGUGGAGCAUAUUAUAAAGCCCAUUAAUUUAUCCAAACCUUCGCUUCUCAUCCCUGAAGUGCAGUUAGUGCAGAUCAGCCAGCAUUUGGACAAAGCCCUGGAGCCACCACGACCUCUCUGCCCACCAGAAGCUACCUACCAGCACCAGGCUGACGUGCAGGCGUCCCAGCUGCCCGCUCAGCCACCCUGCCCGGCAAGCACAAAUCCUGCUUACGCUCCCCAGAGAGCUGAGCAAAGGGUCUCCAACCUCCCCCUGACCUACGGGGUGUGUGUCGAUGGCACGGACCAUGUCGACAAGAACAAUUUGCACCCAAACCAGGUGCUAAAGGAAGUUUCUCCAGAUAGCUUUGCUGGUGUGAAGCUUGUAAACCAGGUGCUAGGCAAAAGCUGCAGCCACUGGAGUUAUAAAGAACAGAGGCCAAACGUGGCACUGUGGGGCAGCAGUGGCGUGGGAGAGCCAGCUCUUGUGCAACGGAGCCCCGGGCAAAUGCAGCAGCUGCUGUUGCAGACUGACGGGAUGGAAAGUAAAGUGCACGUACCCCAGCUGGCGCUGUCUUUGGUGGGACAAGAAGGAUGCUAUAGACAGCAGACAGCAGAACUGCCGCUGUUGUUGUCUUCGGUUACGGUUGAUGGGGACCAGGUUCCAGAGGAUGAAUCCCUGCCAUCUCCAUCAGCAGCUCUCCUCCUCUCAGUCAGUACUGGUAACAGCUUCCCUGGGGAGAACAACACAGAGUGGUGGAUGUCAUCAGGUUCAGUGUCACAUCCUGAAAAUAAAUUUUACUUCCUAGAAACUCAAGAAACACAGAAGUUAACAGCAGUAAAGGAGCUUAGCUGCACUAAACUGAAUAAUGUUCUGUCCCAGGACACCAUCUCAGACCGGGGCAAUGGCUUUUCUCUCACUACGCUGUUCAAAGACCUGAACCUGAAAGUACUGUGGGAUCAAGAAGAUGAAAACACAGAAUUUUAUUAAGAAAAGUUAAUAAUAUUAAAAUCCAGAUUCUGUUUGCUUACAUAAAAUAGUAACAUAUCCUGAAAACAGUACAACACAAAUAUACAUAGCUAAUCUCGGAUGUAUUGUAACAGGGCACUGAGCUGUUCCCACUAUUGUUCUAUCAUGGGCUCUGGUACCUUACUAAUAUAAUUACUCCCUGGUAUGCUAUGAUACUGUAUCUUAGCACUUAAUUAGUACAUCUUCGCUCUGUGGAUAUUCUUCAGACUGGUUAUGAAUUGGACUACUUUAAAGCUGAGUUAGGAUUCAAGUUCAAAUUCCAGAUUCAGUUUCCUGAAAUCUUGGCUAAGUUCACAAUAGAAACUGUAUUUGUUCUUUACCAACACCAAACAGCCAGCUCCAAAAUAUGCCCAUGCUUUGAAGAAAUUAAAGUGCAGAUGUGUGCAAAGCUAAAAGAAUUAAAACAAUGUGGUACA